UAUUGAUGUCGAAAAUUGUUCACAUCUUUUACUUUUCUUUUUUAGCAAUUCUAUGUCCACCUCUGCCUCAGAUACAGCAUGGUAGUAUAUUUCAAGACACAAGUGAUGGCCUUGCAAAUAACUAUGAUAGCGUAGCUGAGUACACUUGUGAAUUUGGCUAUAUCCUGAAUGGCGAUGCACAAAUUCGGAUAGUUGAAAGAACGUGUCAGUCAGACGGAACAUGGAGUGGCCAUGAACCAACUUGUCAAGCAACCCCAUGUCCAACAUUUUCUCGGACACAACAUGGCAGUCUAUCCCAAGACACUUAUAAGGAUCGCUUUGCCAAUAACUAUGAAAAUAUAGCUGCGAACACCUACUAUAAGGGUAUGUGUGUUAAACAAGUUGAAAGAGAAAUUGUACUGUUAGCAAAGAGUGGAAAGCGUCCUGUGUUUGAAUUGCUACACUACGCAUGUAACUUAAACAAAGCAAACUAUGGUAAGUUAUAGGUCAAUUAGAUUCCAAAUGACGCUAAUAAAUUGCGGUAAAAUUGACUCAAAGUACAAGAAACUGAAAGAGCAUUAAAUGUUUGUAUUUCAUCAACAGAGAAAGAGUCUUUGAUGAUAGAUUUAAAGAUUGUAAAGGUGAAUUGUUAUGAUAUUGCUCUAAAUGAGUAUUUUGUUGUUAUAUUUUCAAAUAGCAUAAGGAUUAAGCAUAAACAUGUUUUAUCUAACUUGCAAAAAUGUCGAACACAAUACAGGUUAUUUUGCUCUUUUUAGUCACUACCGUUUAUAUUGGUAUGUAAAAUGUUUCAUAUACAUGUAUAAGAUAAUUUCAACAAUUGAUUGGCAUGUUUUUCAAAUAGUAUGAGACGGAUAUUCGGAGUACUUUGAGGCGAGAAAAAAAUAUUUAAUCCAAUGCGUUAGUUCUCAUAUGUUAAUUCCGUUUUUUUUAAAAUUUAUUUCAACAUAAAUACAAGUUACUUAGUCAUUUUUUAUAUAAACUACAUUU